UAACAGCCGUGCGAGGUUAAAGCAACAACACGGCAACCCACCCACAAUUCACAAAAAAAAAAAAAAAAAAAAAAACAAACAAAAACACACACACACCCACACACACACACACACACACAACAAAACAGAAACAAAAUGGGCAGCUGUUGCUCAAAGGAUUUGGAUGAUAAGCGCUCCUGGAGUCCCGAGGAGACCAAAAAUGGCAGCACCACAUCGACUAUCAUAGCACAGCCCAUGGAUGAUGUGGGCAGCACGGGUGUUUUUACGUUAACGCGCACCACAACAACAACGACAACAACAACAACAAAACAGCAGCAGCAACAGCAACAGCAACAACAACAUCAAGAACAACAGCAACACAUAACAGCAAAUGCAGUUGAUCCUGAUGCAGAUCCUGAGGCUAAGCAGUAGCCACAAGCUGCAACACUUCAAAAGCUCUUAAUUCAAAUUGCCUUCUCUUUUUUUUUUUUUUACCUAAUUCCAUAAUUUUGUUAACUAAGCAUAUAUGUACAUACAUAUAUACAUAUACACAUAUACUAUAUAUAUAAAUAAUAUUUUUUUUUAAAACAUUUGUGACAUGUGUGUUUGCUUGACAAGAGGCAGAGCCAGAGCCAGAGCCAGUGCGUGCGAGUGUGUGUCUGUGAAUAUAUUUACAGUGAUGAAUACGUUGUACUGUUAUUAUUAUGCUCAAAGAGAGUUAAAACGCGUAAUAAACAUUUAACUGUAA